AUGCUCCACGGUUGCCUGCUUUUGUUAUUCAUAUCAGGGUCCCUGGCCGACCUGAACUUAAUAAGUGCGGUGGCGAACCUAACGUCACGACCGCUCGAGGGGAUCACCAAAAAUAAUAAGGAUUUUAUCCAAAUUGCUAUCGAAAAUGGAUACAAUGCUGAGAAACACGAAGUGAUAACCGACGACGGGUACAUACUGACCGUGCACAGAAUACCACCCGGGAGUAAUUGUACCAAGAAAAUUCCAAUACUGCUAGUUCAUGGCCUUCUCCUAUCGUCCGAGUGCUUCGUAGACUCGGGGCCGGAUGCGCCCGGGUUCAUUUUAGCUCAAGAGUGCUACGAUGUGUGGUUCGGCAACGUGCGAGGCAACUUUCACUCCCGGAGACACGUGACUUUGGAUCCUGAUCACGAUUUGAAAUUUUGGAAGUUUUCAAAGGACGAAAUGGGACAAUACGAUAUCCCCGCCAUGGUCGACUACGUGCUUGAUGUGACGAAUGCCAAAAAACUGAUCUAUAUCGGCUAUUCACAAGGCGGUGGUAGUUUCUUCAUAAUGAACUCGGAGAAACCAGAAUAUGCUGACAAAAUUAGUCUUUUUAUUGGUUUAGCGCCGGCUACGAGACAAUAUUACACCAAGUCGAUACUUGACAGAUCGUUAGUGAAAGCCAUAGAGUCUUUGCAAACCCCUUUGGAAGCGUCUGGAGUUUGGGAGGUCGCGUCCCAAGGUUUACCUAUUCAAGGAACCCUAAAUACAUUGUGCCAAGUGAAGUUAUUAGCAGCAGUUUGUAAUCUGGGAUUAUCCGCUGUAGAUUCGCCUCAUCCAGGCUCCAUCACCUCAGAAACUACUCGAAGAAUGUUCGAACACGUCCCAGCCGGAACAUCCAUCCAAAAUAUGGCCAAAUACGGACAGGCUAUGAAUGAGCUCCAUUUCGUUAAAUUUAACUAUGGUUCCGAGGAAAAUUUAAAAGUUUACGGGGUAGCUGAACCUCCGGAAUACGAUCUGGGAAUGACCACGAUGCCGGUUGUUAUCUUCCACGGCGAAUCAGACCACUUAGUGGAUACGAGAGACAUGGAUUGGGUUGUCAGUCAGUUACCGAAUGUGUUGGAGUACGUUACGGUGGCGGAUCCGCUGUGGAACCAUGUUGACAUGGCUUUCAGCCAAUACUGGAAAAAACAAAUAUUUACUACGAUGAAAAAGUAUUUAAAUAAAUAUGAUAACAUAUAA